AGCGGGGAGGGAGCAAUGGGAGCGGGAAGCAGGCAGGUUCCCUCGCAAAUCCCUCUCCGGCCCCACGUCGCCUCGCCGGCCCCGGCAGGGGAGCAAAGAGCCAGGCGAGCAGAUGGAGGAGUGGAGCUCGCUUUAGGCAGCGGGCUUGGCCGGAGAAUGGAGGAGCCGCCAAGCGACCGGCUGAUUGGAAGAGAAACGCAGAGCGAUGGAGGCGGGGGUAGGAGGAAGAUUUCUCUGCGGGGACUGGCGGCGGCGUAUACGCCCGGGUCGGGCGCUGCAGAGCUUGGCUAGCUUUCAACCCGCGCUCGCCGGCUCCAGCCCCGCGCGCCCCCACCCCCAGCCCUCCCGGCGGCUCCGCAGGGUGAGGUGGCUUUGACCCCGGGUUGCCCGGCCAGCACGACCGAGGAGGUGGCUGGACGGCUGGAGAAUGAACGGAGAGGCCGACUGCCCCACAGACCUGGAAAUGGCCGCCCCCAAAGGCCAAGACCGCUGGUCCCAGGAAGACAUGCUCACUUUGCUGGAAUGCAUGAAGAACAACCUUCCAUCCAAUGACAGCUCCAAGUUCAAAACCACGGAGUCACAUAUGGACUGGGAAAAAGUAGCAUUUAAAGACUUUUCUGGAGACAUGUGCAAGCUCAAAUGGGUGGAGAUUUCUAAUGAGGUGAGGAAGUUCCGUACGUUGACAGAAUUGAUCCUCGAUGCUCAGGAACAUGUUAAAAACCCUUACAAAGGCAAAAAACUCAAGAAACACCCGGACUUCCCAAAGAAGCCCCUGACCCCUUAUUUCCGCUUCUUCAUGGAGAAGCGGGCAAAGUACGCGAAACUCCACCCUGAGAUGAGCAACCUGGACCUGACCAAGAUUCUGUCCAAGAAAUACAAGGAGCUGCCGGAGAAGAAGAAGAUGAAAUAUAUUCAGGACUUCCAGAGGGAGAAACAGGAGUUCGAGCGAAACCUGGCCCGAUUCAGGGAGGAUCACCCUGACCUAAUCCAGAAUGCCAAGAAGUCGGACAUCCCUGAGAAGCCCAAAACCCCCCAGCAGCUGUGGUACACCCAUGAGAAGAAGGUGUAUCUCAAAGUGCGGCCAGAUGCCACUACGAAGGAGGUGAAGGACUCCCUGGGGAAGCAGUGGUCUCAGCUCUCGGACAAAAAGAGGCUGAAAUGGAUUCAUAAGGCCCUGGAGCAGCGGAAGGAGUACGAGGAGAUUAUGCGAGACUAUAUCCAGAAGCACCCCGAGUUGAACAUCAGUGAGGAGGGCAUCACCAAGUCCACCCUCACCAAGGCCGAACGCCAGCUCAAGGACAAGUUUGAUGGGCGACCCACCAAGCCACCUCCGAAUAGCUACUCACUGUACUGCGCAGAGCUGAUGGCCAAUAUGAAAGACGUGCCCAGCACGGAGCGCAUGGUGCUAUGCAGCCAGCAGUGGAAGCUGCUCUCCCAGAAGGAGAAGGAUGCCUACCACAAGAAGUGCGACCAGAAAAAGAAAGAUUACGAGGUGGAACUGCUCCGUUUUCUAGAGAGCCUGCCUGAGGAGGAGCAGCAGCGGGUCCUGGGGGAGGAGAAGAUGUUGAACAUCAACAAGAAGCAGGCCACCAGCCCAGCCUCCAAGAAGCCCUCCCAGGAAGGGGGCAAGGGCGGCUCGGAGAAGCCCAAGCGGCCCGUGUCAGCCAUGUUCAUCUUCUCUGAAGAGAAGCGGCGGCAGCUGCAGGAAGAGCGGCCAGAGCUCUCAGAGAGCGAGCUGACCCGCCUGCUGGCCCGCAUGUGGAACGACUUAUCAGAGAAGAAGAAGGCCAAGUACAAGGCCCGGGAGGCUGCGCUGAAGGCCCAGUCAGAGAGGAAGCCUGGUGGGGAGCGCGAGGAACGGGGCAAGCUGCCCGAGUCUCCCAAGAGAGCCGAGGAGAUCUGGCAACAGAGCGUCAUCGGCGACUACCUGGCCCGCUUCAAGAACGACAGGGUGAAAGCCUUGAAAGCCAUGGAGAUGACCUGGAACAACAUGGAGAAGAAGGAGAAACUGAUGUGGAUUAAGAAGGCGGCCGAAGACCAAAAGCGAUACGAGAGAGAGCUGAGUGAGAUGCGGGCACCCCCAGCUGCUGCAAACUCUUCCAAGAAGAUGAAGUUCCAGGGAGAACCCAAGAAGCCCCCUAUGAACGGUUACCAGAAGUUCUCCCAGGAGCUGCUGUCCAAUGGGGAGCUGAACCACCUGCCGCUGAAGGAGCGCAUGGUGGAGAUUGGCAGCCGCUGGCAGCGCAUAUCCCAGAGCCAGAAGGAGCACUACAAAAAGCUGGCCGAGGAGCAGCAGAAGCAGUACAAAGUACACCUGGACCUCUGGGUUAAGAGUCUGUCUCCCCAGGACCGCGCAGCAUAUAAAGAGUAUAUCUCCAAUAAACGUAAGAGCAUGACCAAGCUGCGAGGCCCGAACCCCAAGUCCAGCCGGACUACCCUCCAGUCCAAGUCGGAGUCUGAGGAAGAUGACGAGGAGGAUGAGGAUGAUGAGGACGAGGAUGAAGAGGAGGAAGAUGAUGAGAAUGGGGACUCCUCUGAGGAUGGCGGGGACUCCUCCGAGUCCAGCAGCGAGGAUGAGAGCGAGGAUGGGGAUGAGAAUGAGGAGGAUGACGAGGAUGAGGACGACGACGAGGAUGACGAUGAGGAUGAAGACAAUGAGUCUGAGGGCAGCAGCUCCAGCUCCUCCUCCUCGGGGGACUCCUCGGACUCUGACUCCAACUGAGGCUCAGCCCCAUCUGGGGCUCCCCUCCCCAUCUGACCACCUUCGUUUCUCCCCCAUGUUCUGUCCCCUGCCCCCUGGCCUCCCCCACUUUCUUUCUUUCUUUCUUUCUUUUUUUUAAACAAAAUACGGUGGGGGGAGGGGCUGGAGGAGCCCAGGCCAGAAUUCUGCAGCCUCAGAGAUACCAGCCCUGGGGGGCCCUCCAGGGAGCGCAACCAUCAGACUGAGCCACCACUGGACCGGCCCGGCCCACCCCUCCUCUGCACUUGCGGUUCCGGCAUGGACAAUGGACCUGGGAGUGGGGUGGAGGGGUCCCAGAGAGUUCAGUGAGGCUCUCUACACUUGCAGCCCAACCCGUGGGAGGGUGGAAGCUUGGGGAGGACCCCUCCCUUCCCAGAGGGGCUUGCCGCCUGGACCCCUACAUUGGAACUGGAGACAGGGAAUGGGUGGGGAGAGGAGGGUGGGUGCCUGUGAGAAUAUAGGCACUGCCCAUAGCCCUCUCCCCUACUCCCUGCAGGAAGGAGCUGCCUGGACCCACUCAUGGGGGGAGGGGACAGAAGUGUUUUUUAUAUAUGUGUAUAUAUUUUUUUUUUUAAGCUCUGAGCUGUCAACGAGACGUUUCCUACCGA